UUUGCCUUUUCUGGUAGUUGUAGUCACUGCAAAGACAAGCAGGAAUUCUUUUUGCGCUGCAGAAGGACUGAGAAAUAAACCAGACUGUGGGAGCUGAUAUAUGACAGGAGAGGAGUCUCUGUUGUCCGUGGACUCAACUUUCGCUAUUGCUAAGUGAGAAAGCAAGGAGAACCUUUUGGCCACCAUGGAUGACGACUUUGACCGUCGCAUGGAGCUGAGGAGGCAAAGGAGAGAGCAGAUGCGCCUUGAAGCUGAAAAGACAGGUAACACCAAUGAUGAUGAUGAGGAAGAGGCUCGGGAGCGAAGGAGACGCGCAAGGGAGGAGAGAAAGAAGAUGAAAGACUCAGAGGAAUCUGGUACGACUGAGGUGAUCGACACUAACAGCGUGACAGAGACAGAGUCCUCUACGGCCGUAAACGAAGGGGCAGAUGAUGAUCAAGCUUUGCUGGAGCGCCUCGCCAGAAGGGAGGAACGCAGGCAAAAGAGGAUGAAGGAGGCCAUGGAGAGACAGAAGGAGCUCGAUCCCACAAUUGGCACCACCAAUGGCACAGACGUCACAUUGGAAGAGCAGACUUUCAUCAGCAUCAGCAGGCAACAAAAUACAGAGGAGGAGGAGGAGGAGGAGGAGGAGAAGAAGGAGGAGGAAUCUGCCCAGGAGGAGGUGACGAGAACUGAUACUAACUCUUGGAGGAAAGAAGAAGAAGACACAAAGGAGGACGAGAAGGAAUCUGUUGAAGAAUCAAGAACACAAACAAAAGAAAAUGAGGAAGAGACUGAGGAGAAGGCUGCAGCAACAGAGGUGGACACUGAGGAGCCAGGUUUAGAAAAUAAAGAUGCUGAAGAUGAGCCUGCGCCUGGUGUUGACAAUGAAGAAGAAGAAGAAAAGAAGAGGCAAGAAGAAGAAGAAAAGCAUCAAAAGGAAAUGGAAGAAAAGCGGAGGAUAGAAGAGGAAGAAAGGGACAAUCCGCCCUCCACUAAAGCAGAAGACCUGGAGCGACAGGAGGCUGAGCGAAAACUGCAAGAGCUGAAGCGCAGACGAAACAAUGCGGAAAGUGAGGAGUUUGAGAAGAUGAAGCAGAAGCAGCAGGGUGCCGAGGAGGAGAGAAAGAGGAUGAAGGAAGAAAUAGAGAAAAGGAGGGCGGAGGCUGCAGAGAAGAAGAAACAGAUGGAGGAGGGGUCUACAAAACCAACCUUUACUAUCAGUCCCAAAGGCUCCUCUAAGAUUGGGGAGAAGGCAGAAUUCCUCAGUAAAUCAGCCCAGAAAAGCACCACAGCCAGAGUGUCACACACUCCUAUUGUCUCCAAGAUUGGCAACAGAAUGGAACAAUACACUUCUGCCAUCCAGGGAAACAAAGAUGUAAAAUCUCCCAAGUCUCCAGUGGCAGAUAUUCCUACGGGGGGAACACGCAGCAUCAAAAGUAUGUGGGAGAAAGGCAACGUGGGCAGCACCUCUGAAAGUCCCUCACCUGCAAACAAGCAGGAUGUGGCCGGUAUCAAAGGAAGUGUGACCGGACGUGUCAACAGUUGGACGGGAAAGCCGGCAGAAGGCGAGAAGACAGUAGCGCCAGCACCUGCAGCAGCAGCACCGGCACCAGCGCCAUCAGCAGCUGCAAAGCCAGCACCAGCAGCAGCAGCAAAGCCCGCAGAUGUGAAACCAGCUGAUGUGGGCAAUAAGCGUGGCAUGUGGGAAGCAAAGAAGGGCUCUACGCCUGGAAAGGUGGCUGUGGGAGGCAAGUUUUCUCGUUAAUGCAGGAGUGAGACCCUAACCAUUGACAUCCCAGUUACACCUGUUCAAACUCACACUUCUGCUGCUCUACGUUCACACCUGUUCCCCUUCAGCACGCCCGUAUUUUGCAUGAGGUUCGCAUCACAAUGAGGGAGAAGGGAAUGACAUAAUGGGAUUCCUGUGUCAAAGUCUUCCAGCUCUAGCUUUACAGUAUCAGUACCUUUGCACUGCCACCUAUUUUGACUUAGCCAUGCUUCAAGAGUUUCAUCAAAAAUGAAAAGAUGAUGGCUUGACUUGAUAUGUGACUAUAAGAAAUUUAAAAGAAUAUUACACUUUCUAAUUGUUUUUACAUGGUUAAUACUCAGUAGUAAACUAAAACUGUCCAUUAGCUGUUGCUGUCACUAUUUUUCAUUCAAGCAUUCUGCAAGUUAUUUUGCUUUCAGCUCUCAUUAGCAGGUCUAUAAUUCAUGUGGUGCAUUUGGGCUUUGACAUUAUGUCAUAUAGCUUAUACCCAGUAAUUAGUAUUCUUGCUUUAUAGUGAUACAUGCACACUGCUUUUUGUGAUGAAAGUUAUGGUUUUGAUUCCAUAGAAAGUAUACUGUACUCCACAGCUGGAUAUUGGAUGAAAAGCUUGUAUAUAAUUUACUUGUUUUGUAGGUUUUAGUUUCUACUAAGGCAUCCAUCAUAAAGGGUUUCUGACGUAUUUAAUAAGGCCUUUGCAUGUACUUAAUAUAGAUCAGUUAGACGUAAUUAACAAGUCUGUGGUUGUGAAGCAAUAAAGAAAUCUCUUUGGCUAAUGUUUACAAUUUUGAUAAAAGUUUUUAAUAUUUUUUUAACAAUAAUAAGUUGUGCACAAACACUCAUAAAUAAACCAUUAAAUGAAUGACUUUGAUGUUCGCAAAGGAUGGCAAAACUAUCCGAGUGAUUCAGCUCUUCAAGAGAGAAAUAUAUCAACAUCUAUGUAGGGGUGGGGAAC